UUUCCGAAGGUACUCAUCUGUAAAAAAAAAGAACGAAGUAAUUCUGUUCCUGUUCUCCUUCUUGGGUAGCUUCAAGCACCGACACAAUAAGUUCCUUCUUUUAAUCAAAUCUAUGUGUGGGAGCUGUGAGAAGCAGGUAGACAGUUGUGUGCUCUGUACACAUUAAGGAAACUCGUUGGAAAGAAGCUGAGUCAACAUCAAUGGAGAACAAGGCCACUGAUCCGUAUAGUGACGACAUUCAUAUUUCCAGAGAUUUGAAAGAAAUACAGACUUCUCCACACUUCAGAAUGCAGCCUCUCCCACUGACCAUUAAACCAAACAAAUUUACAGGCUUUGGAGAUUAUGAAUCAGCAAUUACAUAUUCUACAAAUGAUAUAUCUACAGCAACAAUAGAAAGAUUCACUGCAAACUCUGAAGGAGGAUCUCGUAAGAGGAAAAGCACUCCCACUAAAGUAAUUCAUACUGUUCAGUCAGAAGGCUUGUCAAAAGAUAUGGACGAACCUGAAGACAUCAAAGUUGAAUUACCAUCACCAAAACCCAUGGCUCAAAUGAUAGACUUAAGUAAUGUAGGGUUUCAGUUAUUCAGAACCUUUGAUCACCAAGGUACCACAGGCUUGAAACCUGAGUCUAUUAAACAGAAUUUAAUGUGGCCUACCAGUCCUCUGAUGAUGCAUCCUUCUCAAUCAUAUUUUGCCAAUGUCCCUCCAGACUUUAUGUUCCCUUUUGUUAUGGCACCAUCAAAUCUGCAUUUUAGAUAUCCUUUUCAUCACAAUGGUCCUCUAGGAAACCUUAAUGGCAGUAUCCCCAUUCGAGAAGAUAAGAAGAACAUGGUUGAGCGAGUCGAUGUUAACAUUCAAAUUGAUGACAGUUACUAUGUUGAUGUAGGUGGCAAUCAAAAGCGCUGGCAGUGCCGAAUGUGUGAGAAGUCAUACACUUCCAAGUACAACCUGGUGACACAUAUUUUGGGACACAGUGGUAUCAAACCCCAUGCUUGUUCUCAAUGUGGGAAACUCUUCAAGCAACUGAGCCAUCUGCACACUCAUAUGCUCACACAUCAGGGUACCAGACCUCACAAAUGUCAUGUUUGCCACAAAGCAUUCACCCAAACCAGCCACCUCAAGCGGCAUAUGAUGCAACAUAGUGACGUGAAGCCAUAUAAUUGUGGAAUUUGUGGUAGGGGUUUUGCUUAUCCAAGUGAGCUCAAAGCCCAUGAAACGAAGCAUGAAAAUGGCCGAGACAACAUUUGCGUUGAGUGUGGACUUGACUUUCCUACCCUAGCCCAGUUAAAGAGACAUCUGACAGCUCACCGAGGUCCUACACUGUAUCGCUGUGAUGAAUGUGACAAGACUUUCCAAUAUCCAAGUCAGUUGCAAAAUCACAUGAUGAAACACAAAGAUAUCCGUCCAUAUAUCUGCACUGAAUGUGGGAUGGAAUUCAUUCAACCCCACCAUCUCAAACAGCACUCCCUGACUCACAAGGGUGUGAAGGAGCAUAAAUGUGGAAUCUGUGGACGUGAGUUUACAUUGCUGGCAAACAUGAAACGCCAUGUCCUUAUUCACACCAACAUUCGGGCUUACCAGUGUCACCUUUGCUUGAAAAGCUUUGUGCAGAAACAAACAUUGAAGGCUCACAUGAUCGUCCACUCUGACAUCAAACCUUUCAAAUGCAAGUUGUGUGGGAAGGAGUUCAACCGGAUGCACAAUUUGAUGGGACACAUGCACCUGCACUCUGACAGCAAACCAUUCAAAUGUCUAUAUUGUCCCAGCAAAUUUACCCUGAAGGGAAAUCUUACCCGUCAUAUGAAGGUUAAACAUGGAGUCAUGGAUGGAGGGCAUGAUUCACAAAGCUUCAGGCGGAGAGGGCGGAUCGGAAUUGUACAGAAUAAUCUAAUGAGCAAUUUUGAGCAGGAAGAGCCCUUUGACCUUUCCCAAAAGAGCAGAAUAAAAACAUCAUCCCAGUCUGAUGGGGAAAGUGCCAAGGGGAGCUCUUGUCAAGAAGAAGACGACGACAAUUACUACACAAUAGACCAAUACAGCCCUGAUAUGUAUUGCAGAGCAGACAAAAUAUAUAUGCCAGAAGACCUAUCCCAGAAACCAGGAAGACUGAUUCAAGACUUCAGAGACUCAGACAAUGAAGAGCAGGACAAAGAGGGAGUGAUAAAUGACGAAGAUGAAGACUUGAUGGCUCAUAGAAAAUAUCUACAGAAUGGAACUGUAACUGACAAACAUAGCACUGCUGCUCUGCACUAUCUAUUUGAUAUGAAUGAAAACUACAAGGACUUUUGUCUUGACAGGAGGUGUAGCCCAGUGUGAAAAACUCAAGGGUGAUAAAAUGCAACCACUAUAUUGAUUUAAAUUUCUGAAAGAAAUAGGAAUGCUGUAAACAGAAUAUGGAUUAUUGAUUUGGGACAUCAGAAAUAUGAGCUGUAUGGUAGCUUUAGCUUGCAAUAUUAAUAUUUAUUUAGAUUAUGCGGUUCAUUGGCUUGGACCCUAUCUGAUCACAGUGCCACAUCUUCACAACUUGCCCUUCUGUCAAAUUGCAACCAGUGGAACUGACAACUUAUAUAAAGCCCUCACAACUACACAAAGCUGCAUAUUUUGGUGUAUCAUCAAUAGUCAAACUAUCUGCUUGGUAAGCGUAAGGAAGAAUAUGCCAUCCUCAAUUCUUGUCUGUUGAACAGUGGGACUUGAAUAAAACAACUGAUUCUAUUCACUGCACGUUUAUGAAGAUUGUAUCUAGCCUGUGUCACUACAGGGAUAUGAAGAGAGCACUUUGUUUGCCAUGUCAAUAAGGAUAGAAAAUGUGCAGGGUUGCUGCAAGUUUGUCCAAUGUUAAAUAUGCAAAUUAUUAUUACUAUUUCUCCAGAUAUAAUUUCAAGUGCUUAUUUUAAAUAUACUUGUCAUUGUUAUUACUAAUCAGAUAUUAGCAAGACACAUUUUGGUAUAUUUCUCUGGUAUAUUUUCUAGAUUUGAAGUUUAAAUUUAAAUUGUGUCCUCCAGUGAAAACCUUUCUUGGUAUUUAUCCAAUGCAUGCAAAGUUUUUUUAAGUAAUAAAAUACAUUUGCUGAAGUAUGAGGCAAUGCCGGAACUAUUACAAACCAACGACAAAUGGAGAAAAUAUGUAAUAAUAAAGUAAUCGUGGGUUUUCAAUGAAAUAGAAAAUCUCAUAUGCUUGUCAUCUGUGUCUGAUCUGAAGUAAGAUAAAGAAACAAAAGAAUGCUCUUUUGUGAGAUACAUGAAUGUCUUGCGGUUUGUCUUUUUAUUUAGUCCUUGUGAAGACUUGAGGACCACUUGUUUAAACUCCUACAUAUAAUUCAAGUCAUCCUGGAGUAAACACUGACUUAGAUUCUCAGGAAUGACAGCCUCACAUCACAGCUGAAUAUUUGAGUUCCGGUGCUGGCUUGUGCUUGAAAUCUGCCAUUUCGACAUGAAAUAAAAUUAGUUGCUUUUUAGCCGUACCUCAUAAUACUGAAGAGAUCCAUUUUGGGAAGGGGUGGGGAAAAUGUGUGUACUUCUCUAAUGAAAGCACAUCCAUUGCAUGAAUCUACUGGUGUAGGAGAUCAUGCUGACGCCUGUUAACAUAAAUUCAGAGCUUUAAAAAGAUGAUAAAAAGCAAACAAUCAUGAUUGAAAUGGUAGAAAAGGGUGUGGAAAAUUAGGUAGAAAUGUAAAUAUAAAGCAUUUGCUCACAGAGUAUUAGCACAAUAUUCUGUCAUUUAAUUAUGCACUCAUUCAUAAAAUUCUUUAAAAAAUACUGGUUAUAUGUGUUGGAAAUCAUUGUUAUCCAGUGUUAUUCUAAAGUUUAAAGUACAUAUAGUAAAGGACCAAUAUGGAAUACAUGUAGUGUUGAGCAUUGACCAACUGCUUGUAUUAAUUUUUCAUCAACAAUUGAUGUGCAUAUCAAUGCUACAAAAUUGUACCCUCCCCUUUCUCUGCACUCAUUUUUCAAUUUUGGUAAGACUAACAUUUCCAGCACGUUUUCAAGUUAAUUAAUAAAAUAAUUAUGAUCUAUAUUCCUAAUUGUUACAUGUACUCUGUUUCAUAAUAUUCAUAAUAGAUACCCAAUAAAAAUAUGCAAGAUG